UUAAAAGACGAGAAAAAGAAGCAAAAUUUCUACGGGUGAUUAGAAAACGCAGUACAAGCCUCGAGAAAACACACAUCACACUAAAAGAAGGAAACAGACAACACUCGGUUGAAAAAGCCCAAAUUUGCGUUGUUUUCUUUCAAUUUUCAUGCCCUCUCCUGUCUCGCCCUAUAUAUAUAAACACCCCACCAUUGCAGUUGAACGUCGCCAUUUCUUCCCGGAGCUGCUGAGGUUUCACGGCAAUGGCGGUUCAUCAGAGCAGAGGUUUCAUCGUCUGUCCCAUGUUCUUGUUCUUGUCGUUGUUGUUGGGUUUCUACUCCUUGCAGACUGCCCAUGGCGACCCGGAUUACAGAGAUGCACUGAAGAAAUCUCUCCUCUUCUUCCAGGGACAAAGAUCCGGCAAGCUUCCCGCCGGCCAGGAGAUCGAUUGGAGGAGUGAUUCCGGCCUCCUCGACGGUUCGCUUCAAAAUGUGGAUUUGAGUGGAGGAUACUACGACGCCGGCGACAACGUGAAGUUCAACUUUCCGAUGGCCUACACCACCACACUACUCUCCUGGGGGGCGCUGGAGUACGGCCGGAGAUUGGGGCCGCAGCUGGAAGCCACGCGGGAGGCCAUCCGCUGGGCCACCGACUAUUUCCUCAAGUGCGCCAAUGGCGCGCCGGGGAAGCUCUUCGUCGGCGUCGGCGACCCCAACGCCGACCACAAGUGCUGGGAACGCCCCGAGGACAUGGACACCGUCCGCAGCGUCUACUGGGUGUCUCCCGGUAAACCGGGCUCCGACGUGGCCGGAGAAAUGGCGGCCGCGUUGGCCGCCGCCUCCUUGGUUUUCCGGCGGGUCGACCCGGAGUAUGCCCGGAAGCUUCUUGGAAACGCGGUGAAAGUUUUCCGGUUUGCUGUUCAGUAUAGAGGCUCUUAUAGUGAUUCUCUUGGCUCUGCUGUUUGCCCUUUCUAUUGCUCGUAUUCUGGGUACAAGGAUGAGUUAUUGUGGGGAGCAGCAUGGUUACUAAGAGCAACAAACGACGUUUCAUAUUACAACUUCAUCAACUCCCUCGGAGCCAAUGAUUUGCCAGACCUAUUUAGCUGGGACAACAAAUUCUCUGGGGCCUAUGUUCUCCUGUCAAGGAGGGCAGUGAUUGGAAAUGAUAAAAGAUUUGACCAGUACAGACAGCAUGCUGAGGAUUUCAUGUGCAAAAUUCUCCCUAAUAAUCCUUACUCUUCCAUACAAUAUACAAAAGGUGGCCUAAUGUACAAGUUGCCCGAAGAUAAUCUCCAGUAUGUGACAACCAAUACAUUCUUGAUCACAACCUAUGCCAAGUACAUGGCAUUCACAAAACGAAAUUUCAAAUGUGGGAACCUCUUAAUUACUCAUGACACUCUACGAAGCCUCGCAAAAAGACAGGUGGAUUAUAUUCUGGGAGAAAAUCCGAUGAGCAUGUCAUACAUGGUAGGAUACGGAACGAAUUACCCUAGAAGGAUUCACCACAGAGGGUCGUCCUUACCAUCCAUGACCAUUCAUCCUCGUUCUUUCAACUGUGAGGGCGGGUUUUCACCUUUUUAUUUCACACCAAACGCUAACCCGAAUAUUUUGGUGGGAGCCAUAGUGGGUGGCCCGAAUCAAAACGAUUUCUUCGCGGAUCAACGGACGGAUUACAGCCAUUCGGAGCCUACGACGUACAUCAAUGCCGCCAUUGUUGGACCUCUAGCAUACUUUGCUGGGAACAAGGACAGUUAAAACCUCGAGUUCAUGAUUCUAUUUCCUCUUCGCACAAUUGUAUAUAUUGUCCAAAUGGGACAAUAAAUUGAAGGAACAAAGUGUUCCCACCUAGUCAAUUGAGACAUUACAUUAUCUACUAUGUACUUGUUUGCUUCUUGAUUUUCCCACGUUUUAUUAAGGAAAAUUGAGUAAUAUUAUGUGUACCUUUUCUUUUUA